AGUACAGACCCUCCGCGGCGUGAGGGGCUGAAGUGGCGACAUGUCCUCGGGGGUGGCGGCGCCUUGCGACGCCAAGAAGCUGGUGCGCUCUCCCAGCGGCCUGCGCAUGGUGCCGGAGCACCGCGCCUUCGGAAGCCCGUUUGGCCUGGAGGAACCGCAGUGGGUCCCGGACAAGGAGUGUCCAAGAUGUAUGCACUGUGAUGCCAAGUUUGACUUCAUCACCAGAAAACACCACUGUCGCCGCUGUGGAAAGUGUUUCUGUGACCGGUGCUGCAGCCAGAAGGUGCCGCUUCGGCGUAUGUGCUUUGUGGACCCAGUGCGGCAAUGUGCCGAGUGUGCCCUGGUGUCCCACCGGGAGGCCGAGUUCUAUGACAAGCAGCUCAAGGUGCUCCUAAGUGGAGCUACUUUCCUUGUGACUUUUGGAAAUUCAGAGCAAUCUGAAGCCAUGGUUUGUCGUCUUUCUAACAAUCAGAGAUGCUUGAUUCUGGAUGGGGACAGCCAUCAUGAAAUUGAGAUUGCACACAUCUGUACCGUGCAGAUUCUCACAGAAGGCUUUGCUCCUGGAGUAGAAAGAGAUAUUCACACUUACACCAGUCUCCUGGGGAGCCAGUCUGCUUCUGAAGGCAGCACUAGAGCCACGGGCAUGUUCCUGCAGUACACAGUGCCGGGUGCAGAGGGUGUGAUCCCGCUGAGGCUGAUGGCUGGAGAGGAUGCGCAUGGCAGUAGGAGGCAGGCAGGAGCAUGGCUUGCAGCCAUGCACAAGGCUGCCAAGCUCCUCUAUGAAUCUCGAGACCAGUAACUCCAAGUGAACCAAGAGCACAUCAAAUUACCAGCUGCUUGUCCCUGCCUGAGCACUCAGGACCUUGCUCCACUUGUGCUGGGAAAUACAAUUCAAGUAUCUGGAAGCAAAGUAUCAAGAAAUGAAGUGUUCACUUACCUAGUGCAAUAUGGACACAGCUUAUUAACAGUUUAAACAGCUUCAUGCUUAUGUUUGUGUGUUAGCUCAGCACUUAAUGGGAAUAGAAGUCUGAGCUACACCACUGUAAACCAGUUUUAAUGAGCCCAGAACCACAUUUCUAUGAGUUCCCAGGUGUGUGAGAAGAUUCUGGCCUUCAUGUUCAUUACUUCUCCCACAGAAACAAUUUGUGUGGUGAUCACUGAGGUCUCUGAUCUUCAAGAAUAGCCUUACUACUACAUCUGCCAUAGCCUGUUUAUAGACUGUCCAUUCACUUUGUUGCUAAUUUGGGUGCAAUGAACAAUGCUUAAUACUUCACUAAGGGGAAGGUGCCAGCUGUUUUUUCUACUCUUCACUUACUAUCUCACUAUUAAGAUGACUGUACAGCAAUUUGUAUAUAAAGUAUAUGAUUAAAAGAUAUUUUGAAAGUA